CAAUGCUUGACAUUAUUGCCAAUUAUAAUUUUUGACUUCAAAGGUGUAUAUCACAACUUCAUAGAGAUUCGGUAUUCAUCCACAAUGCUCUAAGAGUUUACUGUUAAAAUGUGCUGUUAAUACAAAUGGCCAGGAGGUGUCCCUAGAGAGGUGAGUGUCAAAUGCUUCGAAGCUUCGAUACGAUUUCCGACACAAUUGCUUCAAACGUGUUGAUGCUUCAUGAGGCCUCACUCCGCCCAUCACUAUCUCUUACCAUGGCUGCCACUAGUGUUCCGACGUGAGUCUUUGUUUGUAAUAGCAAUGUUCCUCUCAAAACAAAGGUUUCUUUCUUUAAUUGACGUACUGGUUGAUUGCAUUGUUUUAAUAGACCCAACAUUACCUGCGGUGUUCACAUGUAAGUAUUCAUAGGCUAAAUAUCACAAAGGUUAAUUUGAAAAAGAACAAACAUUUUGGAAUAUUGGGCUUGGUGCUUAUAGACUUUGUUCAAAGGUGGCGGUUUAUCAUCCUGUUGUUCCCUUGUUCCUUUUUUUUUUUUGCAUGCUCAGUUACUCUUUAUUUAAUCUCUAUUGGAGGCAAUGUCGCUUGGUGCAGACUAUAUGUAGGCUGUAACCUAUUAGUUGUUCCCUGAAGGCCAAUUUGUAAUAUUCUGAAAUUUAUUUUAAUUUCAGUUUUUGGUAACCUAAACUUUAAAUGUAAAUGUCUGCCAGUUUCCUGCAGAUCAGUUUCAGGUCACUCAUUGCAUUUCAGCUGGUUAAAUUUGAAGAAAAACAGAGGUGUUGUAAAACUUUGGAAUAGAACUGUAACUUUCUCUUGGUUUAUCUCAUUUAUCUAGCUUGAACGCUGUGCCACAGUUCCACCGCAAGACCUCCGGCGAACUGACCCUCAAGGCCUCUGCCGAGGCGGUCCAGAUCGCCAAGGCAUACGGCCUGAGCGGCACCAUGCUGUUCAGGGUCAAGUCAGCCGAGAUGGUCACGGAGCAGGCCAGGAGACAUGUGCGGGCAGUAGGUGGUGACCCCGGGGACUCCAAGCUACUGCACAGCGCCAGAGAGCUCCAAUUUGGACAGUACCGGGGUCAAACUUUUAAAUGGUUGCUGACCCAUGACCUCGGCUAUGCCGUCAUGGUGUUGGCAACCCACCAGAGGGAGCACGAAGAUGGUCAGGUGUCGGAUAGCCCGCUGGCGAGCAAUAAGAAUGUCCUGGAGUCCUACGCCUGGCUCUUUCCCGACGUGAAGAUGGCCAUCCGUCAUCGAUGGGAGAGAGACGGGUCAGCCAGGACCCUGGACAAGGGCAAGAGGCUCUUGGCUUCGGCGAACAUGGACACCUGACGUUUCAGGCCCUUCACGAUGCAGAAGAUCAGGAGGCCAAGAGUUACAUCAAAUGGCUCCGGCGCCAGAACACCAAAGUCGGGACCAAGAUGCAUGCGCUCCAGCUGUAUGUGCGGCGGAGAGACAAGGCGAAGGUGGCAGCAACCUCCUCCCUUCCCAAAACCACCACUGUUGCCCCCACCACCUCUCUCUCUGCAGCAGCCUCCAUCGUCGAGAUUCCCGAUGACAUGCUGCUGUCGGCCAGCAUGGAUUUGGAGGCUGGUAAGUUCACUUUUUCUGUUUAACCUGUUAUUUGUUUGAAUUUGUAAACAACCUUCCCCAGCAUCCACCUCCCAGUUUGCAACCAGUGGAGCUCCCAACCGAUGGCUGAUCCAGGAAAGCAGCCUUCGCAAAUGCUGUCUGUAGCCAGGAGAGAGGUGAGUUAAAAGGAUGUGUUUCUUUGAAUUGCAUUGCCGGGAAAGGAACAGGCCCUGUCUGAUUCUUUUUGUUUCUUGUUCUCUGUCUCUCUCUCUCUCUCUCUCUCUCUCUCUCUCUCUCUCUCUCUCUCUCUCUCUCUCUCUCUCUCUCUCUCUCACUCACUCACUCACUCACUCACUCACAGCUGCUUUUCCCCGAGGGCUGGAGGACUUCACUACCUAAAGAACAGCAUGUGUGGGUAAGCCGGGUUCUUAUCACCAGGGGCAAGGACGGAAAGACUACACUGACCUCCAACCUUCGCCUUUGGUGGUAUUCUCCCGGUCCCCGCAACCUGAACCUCCAUCCCCCGAUAUCACCUGACACCUUUUUUCAGCGCCCAUUCUUCCUGUGGAUGCCCUACCGCAUGUGGGGCUACAAGCUCUCCUGCACAGCGUGCAGCCACAGGUUUUCCGGAGCCGGACUCUACAGGACUGUCCAGAGGGUCCUGGACACAGAUGGAUGGUAUUUUAUGGCUAUGGAGUACCUAGAGUGCCGGCGCUGCAGGAAGAAGGUGGCAGGCUGGUCGCAGGAUGUCUUGGAUCAGCUGCACCAAACCCACUGGGAUGAGUUUCCAGCUAUCCUGACUUACAGGUUAUCCUGCGACAAAAAGCUCAUCGGGCAGAUACGUGAGCGCACGCUGGGCAACGGGGCCAACCGGCUGCACAGAUAUCUGCUCGAGGAGCACACCAGGUCCUGUUCGCGUUUGCCAAGUUUAUCACAUCAGGUGCCGAGCCAUCUGCAACUCCGCCUCUAAAACCACGAUGACCCCGGUGCCCAGUGCAAAUGGUUGCUGUCAAUCUACACCAGGGAGGUGGCUUCGAGGCUAGAAGAGACCAAGGCCUGGAUCACCUCCAUCUUUGGCUCAAUCUUAAAGAUGGACUCAACCAAGAAGAUGAGCAAUAUCGCAAUCGUCUCCUUCCUUCUUUCCUUCUUUCCUUCCAGCUUACCAUCACUCUCCCUUUCAUCAUUCAGAUGACCAAGAAACUCGCUGGGACUGCGGCAGGUACAGCAGCCUGGGUGACUAACUUGGGGAAUGAGGAUGGCCAGAUCUUGAUCAGCAUCCUCACUGCAGCUGAGGGUGCUGGCCUGCAGCCCAUGGCCCCCGGGCUGAUGCAGCGAUACCGUGAUGCCAGUGUGUCCCUGCCGCCGGUCCUGUAUGUGGACUGAGACUGCUGUUCACACAGGGGGCCAUCCAAAGUGUCCCUCUUAUUCCACCAGUGGGAUCAGCUAGUGGUGCGGCUCGACGUGUGGCACCUAAUGCGACGCUUCGCAGCGGGUGUCACCACGGAGAGCCACCCACUAUACAGCCUCUUCAUGGCGUGUCUCUCGUUCUGUAUUUUUGAGUGGAACCAGGGAGACGUCGCACGGGUGCGACAGGCCAUGGCUGGUGAGGCGGGGAAGGGUUUCCGAGGCUCCGGCUUCAAAAACAUCCCAUUAAAGGAGCUGGCCCGCCACUGCCGCCGCUGCACUCAUGGGGAGGAGGAGACCGACUGGCUCAUUGACGCGAUACUAGAGACCUUUGGGGACGCCACUGACACCAUGGGCAUCCCGCUUUUGGACCGUGACAAGAUUCAGGACAUUUAGAAGACUUAGAGGUGCCACCUCCACUGCAUCCAGGACCCACCCGGUGUGCACCUGUACAUGCAGACCAGGAGGCUGGUCAAAGGGGGGAUCACGCUGCCGGUGUUCAGGUGUAUGCGAGGUUUAACUUCGUUGGAGUCGUUCCACCUGCAUCUGGACUGCUUCAUACCUGGCACUUCAGCCAGCGCAGCCCACUUUCAGGCCUAUCUCCUGGAAGGCCUGGCGCAGUGGAACGAGGACCGUGCAGCACAAGCAGUGGAGGCAAGAGACCGUGAUAUUGUCUGCUACAGUGGCCAACUCCAGCACUCCCUCAAUGAGCUGAGCGAACUUGUGUAUCACAUGAAGCUUGUUGAGGAUUACACCUGGCCUGCGAAGUACACUGGUGAGCUCAUUGGCAUCCAGUACCUGUUUUCACAGACCGGUCGAGUUCUGGAGGAAGUGAUUGGCAGCGAUCCUGAUGCUCCAGAUGGAACCCAUACAGACGAUGAUAGUGUCGACAAGGGCUUCCAAGAGGACGAGGGGCCGGUAGAGGAACAUCUGGACCUCACCCUCUUUGGCCUGGAGGAGGACUUCACCCCACAAACUUGUAAACCGUUGUUGUCUGAAACAUCCCAGUCGCGCCCUGCCAUUGGCGCCUCACAGUCUGGGCCAGCUGACCAGGAGAACUUCCCUUGGGGACGAGGCCAUUCAAAGGGUGUGCCACGAGCCGCUUUGGACCUGACACUGGCCCAGGAUACGACCACAUGGUCAACCUGGCCUGCAGUCUCUUGCAGCUGUGUCACCAUGCCUACAUGACGCAGCAGCAAGUGGCGGAGAUCCUCUGGGAAUGAUUGCCAGAGGGUGACAAGGCCCCAGUUCACUUCCCGCCACACCACCAGGAAAGACUGGUGAAGGGGAUGUUCCGACGCCAGCACUCACAGACCUGUGUCACACCGGGAGUGGAGAGCUUGCAACGGUGUAUGGUCGGCCAAGCCGCACAGAUGCCAAACAUCAGCAGCUUUGUGCAGGCCGUUUGUAUAGAGCUGUCCAGGAUUCACCCCAAAGGAACCACCAUCUGCGGCAUGAGGGUGAACUGCUGGGAAGCAGUAAUGCACGAUUGCAUCUGCAUUCAGGAGAAUGUACUUACAAACCUGGUACUUGUGGCCCAGACACACAUCCAGCUAUUCCCUCUCAAUCAGUGUACCCUAACACAAUGGCACUAUGCUCGCACCAGGGAGCUGAUACGGUGGGCUCUGGAAAUGACCAUGCCAUUGCCAAGCAGCUCGGUCCUUGCUUCAGAGUCCACCCCUGCCGUAUGCCCACUGGCCCCAAGCAGUCCACUGCAGAAAAUUUUGAGUUCCCUGACCCACCUGACCUGUCUGGUCAGGCGACACAAAGAGCUCGGGGCCCCGUGGAUGUGGAACCACCCAUCACCCAGCCACUCACCCCACCGGCUGACACUGCCAUUCCUCUGCCUCCACCGCCACUGGCACUACGUUCAGUACCCUGCACCACUGCCUGGCGGCACAGAAAGAAGCAGGAGGCGGAGGAGCUGGUGCAACAACAAGGUAUCCCCCUCAAACAAAAGAAGAAAGUGGAGGCCUUUGUUUGCCAGCGCUGUGGCUGUCCUAAAACAAAGGAGUUCGGCCAUAGCCGCUUUGGGAGGGAAACCUUUUGCUUGGCCUCAGCCGGCAAAAGUGUUCAGGAGUGGCUGGAGGAAAAGAGGGGGAGAAACAA